AUGGCUACAUUGCCUUCCCCAAAUGAAGUAGCUGGAAGUCACUUCCCAAUUUAUGAAGCACUUUAUAAUAUGGUGGAUCCUACAAAUAAAGGAAAUAUUGGAGCAAUGGAUGCAGCAAAUUUCCUUAAAAAGUCUGGUAUAUCACAAAUUAUACUUAGUCAAAUUUGGGAUUUAUCAGACCCAACUGCCAAAGGUUUUCUAACUAAACAAGGAUUUUUUGUGGCACUUAAACUGAUAGCAUUAGCACAAGCUGGACGAGAAAUAUCAAUGAUGAACAUCACUCAACAAACCAUACCACCUAACAUGGGCGAAGCAUCAAAACAAAUAGCAAGUAAAAUCCUAACUGCAGGUUUAGUUACUACUGUUACUAAUAUGAAUGACUGGUCAAUGAAGCCUUCAGAAAGAAUGAACUAUGAUAAAAUGUUCGAAUCAUUGAGGCCAGUAAAUGGAACAGUUGCUGGAGAUAAAGUUAAGGGAUUGCUAAUAGAUUCCAAACUAUCAGUAGACACUUUGGGAAAAAUUUGGGACUUAGCUGAUAUGGAUAAAGAUGGAAAGUUAGAUCAACAUGAAUUUGCUGUUGCAAUGCAUUUAGUUUAUAAAGCAUUAGAAAAAUAUGCUAUUCCUAGCGUUUUACCUACCGAGUUAUUACCUCCAGCAAAAAGAAAAAGUUCUACUAUGGCUAACUCACCUGUACCUGUUUUACCAGUGCUUACUUCUGGUGUUACUUCAAAUCUAGUCAAACAACCACCAAAAAGACCAAUUACUCCAUCUAUUGGUUUAGUGCCAUUACCAGCUACAUGGGUAGUUACUGUAGAAGAAAAAGCCCGGUAUGAUUCAAUGUUUUUGGAAUCUGAUGUUGAUAUGGAUGGUUUUGUAUCUGGACCAGAAAUCAAAGAUAGGUUUCUUAAAACUGGUAUUCAUCAAUCUAUAUUAGCCCAUAUAUGGAGUCUUUGUGAUAUUAAUCAACACGGGAAGUUGGAUAUGAAUCAGUUUAGUCUUGCUAUGUGGCUAGUUGAACGUAAACUCAAAGGGAUUGAUCCACCAAAUACACUUUCCCCUGAAAUGGUUCCUCCAAGUAACAGGACUAAUACUCCAUCAAAUGCUGUUCAAAUUCUAGAAAAGCCUCCAAUGUAUUCAAAUCCGGAAUUGGAUAUGAUUCAAAAAGAUAUUGAUGAACUAGUCAAAGAAAGACUUAUUCUGGAAACAGAAAUUGCUCAAAAAGAAGCUGAUUUGAAAAUACGUUCUGGCGAAGUUAAAAGUUUACAGGGAGAACUAGACACCUUGUCUGCUACUCUAAAACAAUUAGAAAAUCAAAAAGGCGAAGCUCAAAAACGACUGAAUGAUCUUAGGAACCAGGUAGACAAUCUUCGCAGACAAGCUGAUGAGCAAGAACUUACAUUAAAAGUGCAAGAAGCAGAUCUUUCUUCUAAAAAACAAGAACUUGAAGAGCUUAAGACUCUAGAACAUAAACUUGAAAAAGACCAGGCUGAAAUGGGCAAAAGAUUAGAUGAGCUGAACAACAUGUUGCAAAACUCACAACUACAAAUAAGUCAGUUUAAGAACAAAGUAAAUCAAUUGGAGGAGAAUAAGCGUCAAAUGGAAGAUACAAUUGAGUCCACAGAAAAAGCGUUGGCUGAAGGAAAUGUUUAUGCCAUUCCAGAUUCUUUAUUAACAUUUAAUUUAGAAUUCCGGGAUCUUGAAUGUAGUAGACUUCUAGGAAAGAUUGUUGAUAAUAAAAAUUCUUUUGAAAAUGUAAAUGGUUUUACUCCAACAAACGGAACAAGUGGAUCACGUGAUGAAAAUUCAUUUAAAACAGAUUUCUUCACAAAUAAUGAUGCGUUUUCCACAAACAAUAAAGCGGGGACUUUUUCAAAUGAUCCAUUUACUUCAUUUGAUGAUUCUAGAACUAGAAGUCAAAGUACAGAUCCAUUUGGGGGUGAGACAAAUGUAUCCAAAUUGUCUGAUAGACAUGAAGAUAAAGACGAGUUUGGUUGUGAUCCUUUCGCAAUACUACACGCCCCAACAAGACCAAGUUCAGCACCACCUCCACAACGGCCUGAAAGCCCCACUCCAGCACUUCCACCUAAGAAAGGAAAACAACCACCACCAAGACCUGCUCCACCAAGGCCCGCACCAUAUCAUGCACCAACAUCUCACAACAGUUCUUCAACAAGUUCAGAGUUUGCCGACUUUGCAAAUUUUAGCAGCAAGUUUUCACAGAGUAUCAAGACAGAGCCUAAAUCAGUUUCACAAUCACAUAGUUUUGAAUUCACUGAAGAUCCAUUCAAAGACUACAGAUAUGAAGAUCCAUUUAAAAUUGAUCCUUUCUCAGAUACAGGAUUUGAAACAGAUCCUUUUGGUGAUGGUGCAUUUUCUUCAGACGAAUCCCAAAAAGUUAAUGUUAGUGAUGAACAACUCGCAUGGGAAGCCCAAAAGAAAUUUAGAAUGGAAGAAGAGAAAGCACGUUUAGAGCAAGAAAAAGCAGAUUUUGAACUGGCCCUAAGGCUUAGUAAAGCCACUCCUUCUGAUAAUAGGUCAAAAAUUUUACUAUAA